CUACCCCAUCAAGUCCUCACAAGACAAGCAACUCCCUACUCCUCCACGUCUCCACAAGACAAGCUACCACUACUCCCAGCUCCAAGUCGUCAUACGACAACAGUCUUCUCUUCUCCCCCUCUUCCGGAAACAACCUUCUUUCUCCCUCCAUCCCAAGAAAAUAUGAGCUCUCUUGCCACCGCUGCUUCCAGGUCUGCCGCUUCCGGCAAGAAGGAAUCCAUCAUCCAGGUCGGCUGCGGCGUCGUGGGCGGCGCCUACGCCAAGGCAUACAAGCACCACGGCUUCGAGGUGCGCGGCUUCGAUGUCGUGCCGGCCAUCAUCGAGAAGAUGAACGCCGCCGGCAUCCCCUGCUGCCACCCGGACAACUGCCCCAACGACCUUAACCCCGAGAUCGUCCUCCUGUCGGUGCCCACCCCGCUCAUCAAGGAGACCCAGCGCCUCGACAUGAAGUACGUCUGGUCGACCGUCCCCCUGGUGGUCAAGCUCAUCGAGCAGUCCACCGGCAUCGCGCCCAUCUUCGUGAUCCGAUCCACCGUGCCCCCCGGCAUGACCAAGAAGUGGAUGGCGGCCGUCAAGGAAAAGACCGACAAGCCGUUCCACGUAGCCUUCCAGCCGGAGUUCCUCCGCGCCGUCUCUUGCGAGGAGGACGCCCGGGCGCCAUGGCAGGUGGUGUUCGGGUACAUGCCCGGAGAGGAGGACGUGAGGGCCCGCAUGACCAACGCGUUCCUCGAGUUCGUCGGCCGCGACGAGUCCAAGCUCACCGUGCUCAACAUCGCGGAGGCCGAAUUCAUGAAGCUCGUGCACAACUACGCGAACGGGCUCAAGAUCUCCUUCGCCAACUGCAUCUACGGCCUCGCCCACGAGCUCGACCCCUCGAUCGACGCCCAGAAGGUGCUCUACCUGGUGUCCUCCACGGCAGAGUGCUUCCUCAGCCGCAAGUACGGCCUCCGCGUGGGCGCGCCGUACGGCGGCGUGUGCCUGCCCAAGGAUGUACCGGAGCUCACCAGCCUCGCGCCAGAGGGCUCCGUGUUCAGGGAGUUCCUGUCGGGCACCGGCAAGAUCAACGAGUGGAUCUCGAGCGCUAAGGCCAAGAACAUGCGGGUGGAGCUCGACGAGAGCCCCAACUGGGUGUCCCCCGACGCCCUCAUGACCUCCUAAGAAGUCACAUCAGCAUGAUCAUCGUUGUUUGAACAUGUUGACUUUUCCUUCCGGGAAAGCACGAUUUUUUGAACACAGACGUUUCCUUUUGGGAAAGCAAAGACGUUGUUGAGACAUGUUUUUAUUACCUCGGCUCUCGUUUGCUUCUCUAGCAAGCAUGAGGUUAGAGAGCACGGGUGAAAAUGUGUUGGCGCUGCUGUACUUGUAGUGCUGCAAGAAGGAUCAUCCGAGACCGAUCGAUUUUGAACGGUAGAUGCCGGUUGCUCAUUUGUGGGCGGUCGAUGUGAUGUUAUACACGUGUGUCCGUUUUUUUUUUACGUGUUGGAGGUGUGGUGAUUUUGAUGUUGUACCAUAUACUACAAUGAGGUUGGCUCUCUGUAUGAAGAGAGGGCAUGACUUUCUGAAUUCUUGUGAGUUUCUCUGCCUUGGCAGACAACUGUGGUGAAGGUGCGGGCUGUCUUCUCGAAGGGGUCGUGCUUGUAAUUUAGAACACUUAUGAUGAGUGUUUACGUGAUGUCGGGCAAUACUUUCGUGCGCAUAUUGCGUAUGGGUGGCUGUAGUGUAGGCUGUCUUUGGUUGUGUUGCGAGGGACAAGCCUACUGGUCACAUUGGAUCAUGGUAGAUGAAUGUGUCCGCAUUUAUUUGGUGACUUUUAAGAUGUACGG